AUGGUGUCCGUACAAGACCUACAGCCUCUGCAGGUCUCUGCUCUGAAGCUCUUCUUCAAGUCGCAGUUCUGCACGAAGGCCACAACCCCGCCACCCUCUACCUCCCUUGCUGGGCAAACUGCCCUCAUCACAGGACGCAACAUUGGCAUCGGCCUCGAAUGCGCCCGCGUCCUCCUUGAUCUGCAGCUGUCCCAUCUGAUCCUCGCAGUCCGCAGUACCGACAGGGGGGAGGAGGCUGCGGCUCCUCUACGCAAAACCCAUUCGAGCGCCAGAAUCGACGUCUGGGCAUUAGAUAUGCUCUCGUACGAAUCUAUACAGGCCUUCGUAGAGCGCUGCACGACCUCGUUGCCGCGGCUCGAUAUCGCCAUUCUCAACGCCGGCGUGAUCCUGACGGGCUUCAACAUCAACAGAUCGACGGGCCACGAAGUCAUUUUCCAGGUCAACUAUCUCUCCACGGCUCUGCUCGCAACGCUCAUGGUCCCCGUGCUCAAGGACAAAAGCGGCCAUCAUGCGCCCGGCCGCCUCACCAUCGUCUCUUCGGGCAUGGCUCUACUAUCCAAGUUCGCGAACCGUGGCGCUGUCCCUCUGAUCCCGUCUUUCGGCGACCCCAAAGGCUGGAAUCUCAGCGCUGUGGCGGAACGCUAUAGCGUGACCAAGACAAUGCUGCUCAUGUUCGUACAGGGCGCAUGGAUGUACGUUGAUGCGGCGGUGGUGAAGGGGGCCGAAAGCCAUGGAUGCUUUGUCAUGGACUGGAGCCUCUGCCCCAAUCACACAUUAAUGUACACUCCAGAGGGCAAGCAGACCACAGAGAGGCUGUGGGAGGAGACACUAGAGGAGUUAAGGUUUGCUAAUGUAAGAGAUAUAUUGAGUCGCGCUCAGAGUACGAAAUAGGUCGCCUAUCUUACUCGAUAUCCUGCACUAUUUCUUGGUCGUGUGUUGUAUUUUGCUUCUUCUCUGGCUAUCUGAUGGCUCUCUGCUUCCUUUUUGUCCCUAUUUGGCUAAAUUGUUAAUAACCCUCUUGGAAAACUAGUCCGUGCUAGCUUUCCACUGCGCGUCUACUAUAUGAAUUAAUGCGAGAUCCCAU